GAUAAAUGAGGAAACGUGUCUGUCAAUAAGAGUCGUAUCCAGAUUCAACCUUCUUUGACUCAGAUGGAAAGUUAGCAGCCGGUUGACAAAACCGAUCAGACUGACCAGAUUUUUGGGUCGACUGCAAAUGUAUCGAAGCGGAUAAUCUAUAACUGUUAUUACUAACAGCUGAUGGCAAGCGUACAUCGAGUUUGCUUCGUAAAUGGCCUAUGGGAGCCUUGAGCUUCAGCGCCCGUUGCCCCUCCCUUUCUCCCGCCUCUCCCACAGCAGAGGGGUGCCAGUUGUAUUACAUCAACCCGCACUUCACCGCGGCAGGAGCCAGAGACAAGAGGAAACCAAUUAGUGGAAAUACAACAAUUCAGCGUUUCACAACCCAGAGGAUGCGUCCUUUCUCCGUUUGAGGAAAAAGAAGGACGAGAGAAUAAGGCGACGGGGGAAAGCAUCGUCAUAACUUUAGUUUUAUUUUUGACGCCAGCACACCGACACACGCCCUCAGGAUGAACCCCAACAUGUCCCCCAGCGCCCCGCCGCCCGGGUGGACCUCUGACGAUAAAUCCGCCAUGCCGCCGCCGCCUUACCAAGACCACCCCCAGUACCCUAACGCGGGGUACCCCUAUCCAGCACAGGCACAGGGAUAUGGACCCCCACCACAGUACGGGGGGCAACCGUAUGGACAACAGCCAUACCCUGGACAGCAAUAUCCACCUGUGACCGCCGCCGUCACUGUCCAGCCCACGGUUUAUGUGACACAGGCCCCGCUGGCUAGGGCAGUCAACGACUACUUGGGCUACUCCAUCUUCACCAUGCUGUGCUGCUGCCUGCCACUCGGGAUAGCCGCUUUCAUUUACUCCAUCUCGACUCGUGAUGCCAACCAUGCAGGAGACCUGGCGACCGCGGAGAGGAGCAGCAGGAUGGCCAGAGUGCUGAACCACGUGUCUUUGGGAAUUGGUGUCAGCGUCAUUAUCCUCUCCAUCAUCUACUUUGUCGUCUUCACUUCAAGUGUCCACUAAUGUCCUUUCCACAUCUUUCCCAUACCCCAGUACCUACUUUACGCUGGCUAACCUGGUCUCACCAGGAAUGUUGUUCAUCGCGAAGAAGCAUUCAUAUUGGACCUUGGUACCUCCUAAGAAAUUGUCACCCAAUUGGUCAAAUGGUCCCCAGUAUCACUUUGCAUUCAUACAUACAAAUUACUAACAGCAUCGCCAUAAACAACACUCAACGCACUAAUCAGCCCCAUUCAGCAUCAGUUUCAGCAUCAGUUUCAGCAACAAGAAACCCUGUGAUCUGACAUCAUCAAGUGUUGAAAUCCAGAGUAAUAGCAUUGUUAAUCAAGUAUUCGGACUUGAUAUUUUGGUAUCUCUGAUUUGUUGUUGAAUAUAACUUUUGUAUGAGUGAUUGAGUGCAUUGCAGCACUCAAUCACUCAUUGUAAUAGAGAAAAAUCUUAGACUGAAUAACCUCUGGUUUACCAGUUUGGUUUUACUGGUCAUCAAUCCUUUAUUUGAAUUCAUGCUCCUGCAGUCAUUUCAUGUCGAAAUUGUACAAAAUUCACAUCUGGAUGCCAAGUUGAAUGAGUGCCUUAUCUCCCCUGGUCUUUUGGUUGGCUAAUUGCCCCCCCCCGCUCCCCCAACCAGAAAACAAUGACAAACCUUCAUUAAAUCUCUCUCUCUCUCUCGCUCUCUCUCUCUCUCUCUCACACACACACACACACACACAACACACACACACACACAGGGGUGGGAAGGUUAAUUUCAAAAUGUAAUCCAUGUCAGAUUAAUGAGUACAUGCUCGUUAGAGUAGUAAAUUGAUCAUAUCCAGUUACUUGGGCAGACUGUGAUUAUUUUUAUUUUAGUCAUCAUUAGAGCUUAAUUGUACUUUACAAAGCCUCAAAUUCACCCAUUUUUGUCUUUGAACAGAUGUUUCUGAUAUUACAUGCUUCGAUUUCAAUCUCAAACAGAUUAUAUGUCGUUUCUAAGUCUCCCUUUCAAUUAUUUCAAUAUAAUUCAAUGUAACCUGAUUAUAUGUAAUAUGUUAUUUUUCAACACAACAGACAUAAAAUCAUUGCCAUGCACAACAGGGGGCUGCUCUCGCCGCAGCUCUUCCUAAGUGCUCUUCAUCCAAAUUCUUUUGCUUUUGACACUCGCUGUUUAUAUUAUUAUCCACCCAAAAACAUUGGUCGUCACGUGACGAAUGUCGGUCAUUAACUUUGAUGCCUUACAGAAGUUAAGAGUCUGAUUCUUUAUUCACAUAGAUCUAGCAAGAUAUGCAGUGCAGGAGACGUGUAAUACCCAAAGCAAUUCAUGUUAAUCGUUUGUUCAGUCGAGUCAGUUUUCAGGAAGACUUGUUUAGUGCAGUCUGAUGCGUGUUAAGCUGCUUGGUGUAGCCUUUGAGAAACGGUGGCCAGGUUGAGUUAUGGGUGCCACGUAACAGCUCCUUUGGAAGAAGACCCACUCUGGCCAUAAAUUUGAAACAAUUUAUUAUCCUUAUGAUGUGCUAAAAGUAAGACGUGGAUUUAUCAGUACAGUAAAAUGCCUAUCCCAGGAUGCAAAAAUAGCAUCCCGUGAAAAGAGGGACAUUAGGACAGUCGCUGAAGACGCAUAAGGCUUAUAGCCCAAAUGUUUGUAGUCCCAUUGGCUCCGACCUUAAAGGUCACCACACUAGUGGGCAUUUGUCUCUCUUUCUGGCGGUCAUUUUUAAUGUCCACGACGUAACAUGUUUUGGUUUAGAGUUGAGCACUUUGAGUUUUCUUCAUGUUUUAAGGUUGACAGAAUGGCCCUGCUGAAGCAGUCUGCUGGCGAGGUGAAAUAGGGAGACAACAUGGCCACCAUUUGCAACUGCACUGUUACCUAUAACCAAACGGGCUGAGCUUAUUCGAGAGUUGUGAAAUCUGUCAAAUGACUUGUUUGUCGUGUCAUCCCUUUGUUAUUUUCAUAAACCAAAAAAAAAGGCCUUCAGUCAGAAUCAUGUUUGUGAUCCUGAUUUAACAGCAUACCAAAUUUCUUUAUAAAUAAAGUUUAAAGUAUAUCGAAAGGAAAA